CUUAAUCAUGGUGCCAUGAAUUCUCUGAUCCCUCCAGAAAGAAUGGCCCUUGUCCUUCUCCUUCACAGAAGCCUCAGCUUAGUCUCAUCAAGCCGAGUUCCCUUAGGGCAAGGGCGCCGACAAGCAGCAAAGGCUAGGAGGAUUUGCGCACGUGUGCGAGUGUGCACGCUGGUGUGCACGCCAGUGUGCACGCGCGGGCCGCUGGCAAGCGUGCGUUUCCGUUACCGGAGCCCCGGCAGCCUCAGACUGCGGCUGCAGCUGCGGAUGCGCGCCCGGCACCCCCUCCCAGUCAGUCCCCUCCCCCGGUGGCUCUCGCUCGCCCUCUUCCCUCCCCCCGCAGAGUCGGCAGCCUCGGAGUGUGCCGGGCAGCGCUCAGCACGCGAGCCCCUCCUGCAGCCGCCCCGGCUUGCACUGAGCGCGGAGCCUGGAGCGCGCGUGGCGCCCCCUCCCAGCGGCAGAGCGACGAUGAGCCGCGGCGUGGGGGUCGUGGAGAGCAGUGAUGAUCAUCACAAUGCCUCUUCAGAAGAGAAAGGCGUUUACUGGCUGUUGGCCUGCAAGCCAGCCUCCUUCCAUGGGGGUCAAGAAGAAACCGAAGAAGGAGCCAAACCACUCAAGAUUGGAGAGGACAGCAGUUCUGAGGACAGCAGUUCUGAGGACAGCUCUGAAAGUGAAUCUGAUAAUGAGGAACCAGAACCAGAAAAAACAAAUGGGGAGCCAGGAGAGUCUUCCACUGAGGAAGCUUCUGCUCAGGUGCAAGAGUGGGAGGAUAAAGACUUGCCCAAGGAUCAUUUACAUUCAGAACUUAAUAAAAUCCAACCUUCCUGUGAACACUGUAAUGCUGAAAAUAAACAGAAUGAGCAAGUGACCCCCAGGCUCCUUUCCCGGGAACAGUUUUUGCUAAAGUUGGACACGGAGGGAACUUACCAGUGCACAGAAACUGGCCUGAUAUUUGAGGUUAACAGAAAAGUUGACAUCAAGUAUUGCGUUUUGUCCUGGAGCAAAUACGCAGACCUGGUUGUUAAGCCCUGGAUUGUUGGUGGACCCUUGUUUGAUGUUAAAUGUGACCCAAACUGUCUUACUUCCAUUCAGUUUCCACAUUCCCUCUGCUUGGGUCACCAUGAUGCCAAUAUGACGUUCAAAGUCUUACAUGUUAAAAGUUCUGGGGCCUCGUUAGAAUCCACUGUGGAUCAUUCUGCAACCCAUGUCAAGUGGCAUGUGAGCUCUCUUUCUCCGGUGGGACCUGUUAUUCAAAGUGAAGAAACAGUAUACCACCAUGGGGCCGUGAUUCUCUACAAAGCCAUUGACCAUAAUCCAUCCUUGUCUUUUCGAGUGUACAUAGCAACCAAUAAUGAGUCCUUCAUCAAGGAUAUUUCCAAGUCUGUAAAGCACUCCUCCAAGAAAUUCAUGAAAAUUGACAAGCCUCCUGUUUGCCAGAAGUUAUUGCAGAAUGGGAAGAAAUACAGACUGAUCAGCGAACCAGAAGCCGAAAUUACCCCAGAGGAAAUCGAAUUUGUUGACGGUUCACUUUUAAAAUUGAAAAGUUACAUUGAAGUGUAUUUGGAGCAACCAGUGGAGUUUAAAUUACUUUUGGUUGAAAUGGAUUCUGAGGAAAUUGUAUGGAAAGCAAAGCUGAGAGAAUUUGAUGCAUAUUAUACUUUAACAGGUGACUGGGUUCAGCAUGAUCAGAAUCAGAACAUUUCAAAAAGCAGCACAAGUGGUAACAGGCGGCGAAAAAUGAAUAGCAGCUUAUCUGAUGAGGAAGUCUAUGACAAAAGAAUGAAGCAGGUUGAUACUUCAGACGGAGCGAAGACCAGAAACCUGCUAACAGACACACAGCUGAUUAUCCUUGCUGCGAAGUUGGGGAAGGAGUGGAUGAAAAUGGCCAUUGCCAACUUGGAGUUGGAGAGGAGCGAUAUUGAAGAUAUCCAGGAGAAGAAAGAAGAUGUUACGAUCUAUAACUUUAGGGUGCUGAAGAAGUGGCAAGAAAAGGAGCAGAGUAAUGCCACAGCCCAGAAUUUAUACAACUGCUUGAAAAGCAUCUCCGUUGAAGUCCAAGAUGUGCUGAAAGGUUUCUUACAGGAAAGGUGAAGUUUGGAAGAUGGACUGAAAAAGGAAGCCUCAGGAACUUUUACCUGUAAAGACCAACUUCAACUGGUAAUUGGGUAUGGACUUGAUGAGAUCUUGAACUUCACAGUCUGUGGAGGCAGCUCCUUUCACUGGGGGCCAUUCUGCAGCUCGCAUUAUUCAGGGGUAGAGAAAAUGUAAAAUAUUUGGAAAACUUAAAAAACCUCUAGAUUUAAAAAAAUUUUUUGCACCUCCUACUCACACCAUCCUGCCCUGCUUCCCCGCCCAACAUCUGUCCUUAACAAAGGUGCUUAAAAGGACUCAGUCAGGUGAGAAAUGUGGUAAUUUUCCUUUUGGAGUCUGUGAACUAUGAAAUUCAUAUCAAGUAUUUGAAACCUUUUUAGCAACUCAGUGGUAGUGUGCUUAAACUUGCACCAAUGUAGUUGAGCUUUUCUCAUACUGACAUUAAUAAUGAGAGAUACCUUCCUGUUCUUUUAGCCCCCACUCAGGCAUACAUGCCCCUGGGUACAAUAUAUCUUCUUAUGUGGGAUGAUUUCCAUAGAUCACAUUACCAACCUGUCUGGCUAGUGGUCUGUUAAACCGUUAAACCAAUCAUGUUACCUUGUCCUUGAGUGAUGAGAAAGGAAUAUAAUCCAGUCCCCAUCCCGUGUUGAGGUGCACGCUCAGAGGUGAUCUCAUCUCAGUGGGGAAGUUCAACUGGAUGGAUGGUCAGAGAGUCCCUUCAAAUUUCAUUAACCUUCCAAAAUCACAAGGCUAAGCACUACAUUUCUUGACUCUCACCCCGGAAUCGUUUACUUUCUGGUGGGGGGAGAGAUGCUACUCAGAAAUAGCCAGAGCAGGACCAAGGGAAAAAUGUCAUGUCUUCUUGAAGAAGACUUGCCCCAGGGAAUAAUGAGCCACAUUGGCUCUUGUUAAUUGGUGAAAUGGUUUUUUGGGUAUGUAUAGAUAUUGUCACUCUCCUAGAAUCAUGCAUGUGGCGAUUAACAUUUCGGAUAUGUUUUGUUAACUUAUUUGAACUAACUAUAAAUUACCAUUGGUCUUCUGUAGGAAUUAGCUGGAGAAUAAAAUAAAUCUCAAUGAAUUAAUCAGAGAAAUACACUUUAACUAUUGUUUUGCCUGUGAAGAACAAAUUCACUUUAUAGGGAUGAACAUAUUUUUAAUUGUCAGGGAUCCUGUGGAAUUCAAGUCAGUGUCACUUUAUGAGUUUUUUUUUUUUAAUUGUACUAUACACUAGGAAACACAUGGAGUUUUAACAUUCAGGAAUGUAAAAUACUUGACUUGAAUUUUUAAAUGUUCAUUAUUUUUUAUAAGUUUUCCGAAGAAACGCAUAAUUCCAGAGGUGCUUUGUAUGUAAGCCGGUUUCCUAACAAUUUUUCAUAGUAUGAAUGAAAGGAAGAAAAAUAAAUCUGCAUUUGUACAGUA